AUUCACAGUCGAUCAUCAUCAACUCAUCGUCACAAAAGAGAAUCAAGAGCGGGAAACAAGAAGCAAACUUCUCCGGCAAGAAUUGAAGUCAGUUAUCUCUCUCUCCAGGAUUACUUCAUUUCUUCGAAACUCACACACCAAAAUCACAAUUCUUUAUAUUUGGGUUCAUCUCCUUCACUCUCAAUUCAACCCCUAAACCCACAAAAAAAAACCUUGAUUUCUCCUUCUGUUGCUCUGCAGAACGCGUUAAAAGUUUCUUCUGUAGUUUCCUCCAAGCAGAUUUCGUUUCAAGAAUUCGCUUGAUAUUAAUCCGAAGUGGUUGAUUAUCUUAAACCUAUGGAGCCCGAAGUAAACGAAAAGGACACUCUGGUGACACAAGUGACACAAGUUAGUGUUGGUGGAUUUGACAGUAAUGUCAGAGCCAAAGAUCUGCUGGAGUACUUGGAGAAAGAAGUUGGAGUUGUUUGGAGGUGUAGAUUGAAGACUUCAUGGACACCGCCGGAGUCUUAUCCCGACUUUGAGAUUCCAGACACUUCAGUAAUCCGAAGAACAGAUGACUAUAAGAAGGUGGAUCCUCAUGCCUUUGUUCAUUUUGCCUCCCCUCUAACAGUAAAUUGGGCUGUGGAUGCCGCUGGUCGUACAGAGCUUGUCUUCAACAAUCAGCUAUUGAAGGUUAGUUUGGGGCCUGAAAAUCCUUAUUACAUGAAUCGCCGAAGGAGGAAAACUAUACCCUUUAAGUUACCUGAUGUCUCCCUGGAGAUUGGAAACAUGGCUAGCCAAGAUGAGUUUUUUGUUGGAUGGAUGGGACCUCCUUCCGGGGUUGAAUUUAUUGUGGAUCCUUUUGAUUCCACCUGCAAAUUUUGUUUCUCAAUAGAUACAGCCUUCUCUAUUAAAGGCACAACCAAGCAUGCUGUCAUAAAAUGUCACUUUAAGGUAGAGUUCUUGGUGAGGGAAAUAAAUGAGAUCCAGCAGUACACGGAUACAUCAUGUUUAGUAGUGAUCUUGCGGCUGGCUUCUUCACCUUGGGUCUGGUAUAGAACUGCUGAUGAUGAGAUAGAAGAAACAGUUCCAUGGGAUCUGUUGGAUGAUGAUGAUCAGUGGAUCCGGACCACAGAUUUCACCCAUAGUGGAGCUCUUGGUCGUUGUAAUACAUACAAAGUAAAAGUUCGUCCUCGUCAUGGUUUAAAGCUGAAAAAGGCCAUGGAUUUUCUUAGAGAGCGAAGAGUGGCUGUCGACUACCUUCGAAGGCCUCUUAGGGUCAGUGAUGAACCUGGUUCCGGGAGAUGCAUGUCAGGACCAUUCUAUCAUAUUGAUUACAAGGAAGGAAUUCCCUUUGAAACAAUGUUUUUGGUGAAUGCUGUAAUGCACAAAGGCAUAUUCAACCAGCAUCAGUUAUCAGAAGAGUUUUUUAACCUACUGAGAAACCGAUCAAGUGAAUUAAAUGUGGCUGCACUAAGGCAAAUCUAUUCUGACAGGCGCCCAGUAAAUGAUGCGUGUAAGAGGCUGAAAGUUGUUCAAAGUUGGCUCAAUCCUAAACUUUUUGAGAACCCUAAACAGUUGGAUGAUAUUGUUGAGAUCAGAAGAUUGGUUAUUACUCCAACCAAAGCAUAUUCAUAUUGUCUUCUUCCAGAAGUUGAGCUUUCAAACAGGGUUCUAAGGAAAUACAAAGAAGUAGCUGAUCGGUUUUUAAGGGUCACAUUUAUGGAUGAAGGCAUGCAGACAAUGAAUGCAAAUGUGCUCACCUACUAUAAUGCUCCAAUUGUAAGGGAUGUGACAGCUACCUUUUUUUCCCAGAAAACGGGAGUGUUCAAAAGGGUGAAAACUAUUCUUACUGAUGGAUUUUACUUGUGUGGUCGCAAAUACCAUUUCCUUGCUUUCUCAGCCAAUCAAUUGAGAGACCGUUCGGCAUGGUUUUUUGCUGAAGAUGGGAAAACAAGUGUGCUUAAAAUUUUAGGUUGGAUGGGGAAGUUUACAAACCGAAAUAUUGCUAAAUGUGCUGCCAGGAUGGGUCAAUGCUUCUCAUCAACAUAUGCAACAGUGGAAGUUCCUCCAACAGAGGUUAACCCUGAUCUUCCAGAUAUUGUGAGGAAUCAAUAUGUGUUCUCUGAUGGAAUUGGCAAGAUCACUCCUGAUCUUGCAAUGGAAGUUGCUCAGAAAUUGAAGUUGGACCUAGAUCCUCCUUGUGCCUAUCAAAUUAGAUAUGCCGGUUGUAAAGGGGUUGUGACUUGUUGGCCCGAAGAAGGUGAUGGGAUCCGUCUUUCUUUACGGCCUAGCAUGAAUAAGUUCCUGUCUAAUCACACAACACUCGAAAUCUGUUCUUGGACUAGAUUUCAGCCUGGCUUCCUUAAUAGACAAAUUAUUACAUUGCUUUCUACUCUAGAUGUACCAGAUGGAGUAUUUUGGGAAAUGCAAAAUACCAUGGCUUCUAAAUUAAACAAAAUCCUUGUGGAUACUGAUUCAGCAUUUGAGAUUCUCACCUUGUCAUGUCCUGAGCAAGGGAAUAUUCCGGCAAUAAUGUUGAGUGCAGGUUUCAAGCCUCAAUCGGAGCCUCAUUUACGAGGCAUCUUGACUUGUGUAAGAGCAUCUCAGCUUUGUGGUCUUAGGGAAAAGGCUAGGAUAUUUGUUCCUUCUGGAAGGUGGUUGAUGGGUGUCUUGGAUGAACUAGGAGUGCUAGAACAAGGCCAGUGCUUUAUCCAAGUGUCAAAUCCAUCUUUGGAAAAGUGCUUCUUGAGACAUGGCUCUAGGUUUGCGGAAACAAAGCACAACUUAGAAGUAAUUAAAGGGUUGGUGAUUAUAGCUAAGAAUCCAUGUCUUCACCCUGGGGAUGUAAGGAUUCUAGAAGCAGUUGAUGCCCCUGGCUUACACCAUUUGUAUGAUUGUCUGGUUUUCCCUCAAAAGGGUGAGAGACCCCAUACAAAUGAAGCUUCUGGAAGUGAUCUUGACGGGGACCUUUAUUUUGUCACUUGGGAGGAACUUCUUAUCCCCCCUAGGAAGAAGAGCUGGCCACCCAUGCAAUAUGACCCUGGUGAGCCUAAAUUAUUGCAACGACCAGUCAACCAUAAGGACAUAGUAGAUUUUUUUGCAAAAAACAUGGUGAACGAGAACCUGGGGAGUAUUUGCAAUGCACAUGUGGUUCAUGCCGACCUUAGUGAAUAUGGUGCUCUAGAUGAGAAAUGCACACGGCUUGCAGAGUUAGCGGCUACAGCUGUUGAUUUUCCUAAAACUGGGAAGAUUGUGUCAAUGCCUGCUCAACUAAAGCCAAAAUCCUAUCCAGAUUUUAUGGGUAAAGAAGAAUAUCAAUCAUACAAAUCAAGCAAAAUUCUGGGAAGACUAUAUCGUAAUGUCAAAGAUGCAUAUGAUGAAAUCUCUGAAUCUUCUGAACCAAAACUUGAUGCUAGUGACAUCAAUUAUGAUGAUGCAGAUCUUGAGGUUACAGGAUCUGCUGACUACAUUGCUGAUGCAUGGGUUAAGAAGUGCUCCUACGAUGGGCAACUGAUCGGACUCCUUGGACAAUACAAAGUGAAGAGGGAAGAAGAGGUUGUAACCGGGCAGAUCUGGUCCAUGCCUAAAUACUCCAGUCGAAAGUUAGGGGAUUUAAAGGAGAAGCUCAAUCAUUCUUACGGUGCCUUGAGGAAAGAAUUCAGGCAGAUUUUUGAGGAUAUGGACUCAGAUUUUGAGCAGCUUAAUGAGGAUGAAAAGAAUGACUUGUAUGAAAGAAAGGCGUCCGCAUGGUACCAGGUCACUUACCAUCCAAAAUGGGUGAAAAGGACAUUAGAGUUGCAGGAGUCCAAUGGUGCUGUCGGCAUGGUGAUGUUGAGCUUCGCUUGGAUUGCAGCUGAUUACCUUGCUCGAAUAAAGUGUAGGGUCCAUGAGACCCAAAAUGUCGACUUUGCUAAGCCUGUAAACUCUCUAGUAAGGUACCUGGCUGAUCGAAUCUGACUGCAUUUGGCAAUGACUUUUGCUGGAUCACAAUUCUAGUUGGCAAGGCCACUCUACCAUUGUUCUACUACUUGUGUAGUUUCUUUCUGCUGAACUGUUACUUAUCGUUUCUAUGGCCUAGUUGAUUCCACCAUGGUUUGUUUGGAAGUUUGCUUAUGUAAUCAUGUUGUCGAAUUUUCUUGCGUUGCUUAUAUAGACCUAAGUGAAAAAUAGCAUGUGAUUUUGGAUAGUCCUGAA